CGUCUUCCUAGGUCUCCAACUUCUUCGGACGAGUCCACCUCCGAUUCAGAGCGGCUUCGGCGGCCGGGGUGGCGAGGACCGCAGGCGGCGGGAGGGAUGAACGCGACGCACGGCGGAUCGGUGCGGACGUUGCGGGUGCCUGGCCGCCACGGCUACGCCGCCGAGUUCUCCCCGUACCUGCCGGGCCGGCUGGCCUGCGCAGCCGCGCAGCACUACGGCAUCGCGGGCUGUGGAACCCUGCUAAUACUGGAUCAAAAUGAAUCUGGCCUUAGGCUCUUUAGAAGCUUUGACUGGAACGACGGUUUGUUUGACGUGACCUGGAGUGAGAACAACGAACACGUGCUGGUCACCUGUAGUGGGGACGGCUCGCUGCAGCUCUGGGACACUGCAAAAGCCGCAGGGCCACUGCAAGUCUACAAGGAGCACAGUCAGGAGGUUUACAGCGUUGAUUGGAGCCAAACCAGAGGUGAACAGCUUGUGGUGUCGGGGUCAUGGGAUCAAACUGUCAAACUGUGGGAUCCAACUGUUGGAAAGUCUUUGUGCACCUUUAGAGGCCAUGAAAGUGUCAUUUAUAGCACAAUCUGGUCUCCCCACAUCCCUGGUUGCUUUGCUUCAGCCUCAGGUGACCAGACCCUGCGAGUCUGGGACGUGAAGUCGGCAGGAGUCCGAGUCGUGGUUCCCGCACACCAGGCAGAAAUUCUGAGCUGUGACUGGUGCAAAUACGAUGAGAAUUUGCUGGUGACUGGGGCAGUUGAUUGUAGUUUGAGAGGCUGGGACCUGAGGAAUGUUCGACAACCAGUGUUUGAGCUUCUUGGCCACACCUAUGCUAUCAGGAGAGUGAAGUUUUCACCAUUUCAUGCUUCCGUACUGGCCUCUUGCUCAUAUGACUUUACUGUAAGAUUCUGGGACUUCUCAAAGCCUGACCCUCUUCUUGAAAUAGUGGACCAUCAUACAGAGUUUACUUGUGGCUUAGAUUUAAGUCUUCAUUGUCCUACGCAGGUGGCUGACUGUGCUUGGGACGAAACGAUAAAGAUCUAUGAUCCUCUUUGUCUUACCGUGCCCGCUUGAGACGUACUAUGAGACGUCUACCCUGGUCAGAAACUGAGGAUCUUGGCUGAAGAACUGCUUACCAGGAAAUAAACUGACUGUUGAUGACAUAGUCAUUAUUAUGCCUUCACAUGCUGUUCAGAUUUCAUAUUUUAAAACUUGACCCUGAACCAGUUUUGAGGCAGCUGAUCAAGACUGGCUCACCAUUUAAGCCUCAUACAUAAGCCAUAUUUCUUAAAAUUCUAAGGAAUAAUUGAUGUUAUAGUAUAUCUUAUAGAAUCCAUGAAAAUAUAACCUCUCUGUUAUAAAAUGAAUGAAAAUAUGGGAGAUCCAUAGAUUAUUUGACAUAUUUUCUUUUUAAUUUGUCUUUUUUGAUGUAAAAUAUAAUUGCUGCUGUUGAUAAAAAUUAGAAUAAACUGCAUCUCUUGAUCGUCUGUCAUUUUAUGACAUCCCCAGCAAGAUUGCUUUUUCUAAUGUGGUGUCUAUAUGAAUACAACACUAGAUGUCAUGUAGAUGUAGCUUUGAUUCAGUAACAGGGCUCUAAUACAGACUUACCUUGUUUAACAGUUAUUUACUGUGCAUCUGCUACGUGUUUGACGCAUAGACUGAAUGGCUCGCUCAGGGACUGGCGCUGUGCUUUAAAAACAUGGAAUGUUAUCAGUUGAACUUACUUUUUCUUUCUUUAGUUAUUCAAAUCUUUUCAGGUGUUAUAGCAUGACCCUGUAUUUCUCUCUUCCUCCUUCCCUUCUAUCAGGUGUUUACAACAACAACAGGAAAAAAAACUGGAUACUUCUCAGAAUGUCUUAGGGUUCUAAGGGUUCUAAGCCGUGGGCCCUAAAGAAUGCCAUCCACCUUUUCACUGGCUCCCCGUGUCUCCUUGAAAAAUCUCUAGGUGUGGAUGACCUGUAAAACAGUAGGUUAAAAGGGAAAAAUUAGUAAA